AUGAUGAACGUCAUCUAUCGCCCGCCGGACGAAUCUAUGCGGCUUGUAUCCGUUUCGGUCGUGUUAAAUGCCGAAAGACCGGCGGCUGGCGGCUUGUCACCGAUCGACGAAACUGGUAUGUUGGGAUGCUUCACUGCGAGGAUAGGCGCAGCCGACUUUGACCAGCGUCUGCGGCGCAUGCAGGAAGAGCCAUGCUCCUCGCGCAGGUGUCCCCAUGACUCAGAUUCGUGGAUGCUGGCACCGGAGUUUUGCUACACGCUACCGCAAACAACUCGACAAUGCAGUGGCCCUGCGCCUUCCGAAGAUGACGCCGACGCUGUUCCGCGCGACCGCUCAGCUAGAAGCCGUGGGAAAGCCGCGCAGCGGGCGCAAACCGCAAGCGCCUCCACGUUCCAGACACGGCUGCAAGGCGACAGGCGACCAGCUUGGAACGGUGCUCCUCCACGGCAGCGUUCUGCUUCCUGCCGUCCGCAACGCUUGUUGACGGCUAGUGCUGACAGUGUCAACGGCAUUGACACGGACAGCAACGAUGAGCAGCUGCAGGAGGAGCAAGGUGAAGGGGAUCAGGAGAAUUAUGCGCAGGAGGAGUCGGAGAAGCAGCCGCAACAGUGGCGGCCAUACCGAUGGGAAUUCGUAACUGAAGUGGACGCCUCCCGUGACGCGGCCCGGACUGCCGCUGCAAAGUCGUACGGGAUUGGCAGCCGGAAUGGCCGGGCGCUCGCACUUCUUGGGGUGACAGCAGCAGCUGCUGCAGCGGCGGCGUCAGGAGAUGACGAGUUGGACCUUACAGACGAGAACACGCGCACGGCACUUCAUGCAGCGCAGGCAGGCAUACGGUGCACCAGGGUUGUGUUUUUGUGA